AUGGGAAAUAAAGAAACCUUCAAGGAGGAAGCCUUGUUGGGGAGCACAGAAGAAGGAACCAAUUUUGACCAAGCUAUGUUCCCUGUGAUGGAGACCUUCGAAAUCAAUGAUCCAACACCCAAGAAGAGAAAUGGAGGGGCCUUUUGCUUGGUAGUCAUAGCCAUCCACCUGACCCUGCUCACGGCAGCUGCCACCCUGCUGUUUGUUCUAGUUCUCAAUCUGCAGGAGCAGGUCCUGUUCCUGGAUAUGUCCUUAAGCAAUGGGACACCAGCUGCGGAGGACAAGUCAUUCUUCUGGCGACAGCUGGCAUAUCCCAAAACACACCCGCUACUACCCGGGCUGCAGGCCCUGAAGGUUCACCUUACUCAGUUCCACACCAACCAGGAGCAAUUGCUUCAGCGGGUUGAUAACAUGACUCGGAAUCCAGAGCUGUUCCGGAUGAAGGGUGAACGAGGCUCCCCAGGUGUCCCAGGACCUCAGGGCCCACCAGGCAUCAAGGGAGAAGCAGGCCUCCAGGGACUCACGGGUGCACCAGGGAAACAAGGAGCAAUGGGUGCCCCAGGACCUCAAGGAGAGAAGGGAAGCAAAGGUGACAAAGGUCUCAUUGGCCCCAAGGGGGAGCAUGGCACCAAGGGAGACAAAGGGGAUCUAGGCCUUCCAGGGAGCAAAGGGGACAUGGGCAUGAAAGGAGACAGAGGGGUCAUGGGGGCCCCUGGCGCCCAGGGAAAUAAAGGAGACCCUGGGAAACCAGGCCUACCAGGUUUGGCUGGGUCUCCUGGAGUCAAAGGUGAUCAAGGACAACCUGGAGUGCAGGGUGUUCCAGGCCAUCCUGGUGCAGCAGGACCUUCAGGUGCCAAGGGUGAACCAGGCCGCAUGGGUCCUCCUGGGGCAACAGGACCUCCAGGGAUCCCCGGGAUUCCAGGGGCUGCAGGUGUGAAAGGAAGCAAAGGGGACACAGGAAUUCAAGGACAGAAAGGCACAAAAGGAGAAUCAGGAGUCCCAGGCUUUGCAGGCAGAAAGGGAGACACUGGAAACCCUGGGCUGGCAGGCCCCAAAGGAGAACCUGGGCAACCCGGCCUGAAGGGAAGCCCUGGGAUAAAAGGGUCUCCCGGCCAGCAAGGACAGAAGGGAGAGAAGGGCCAAAAAGGCGAAUGGGUCCCGACCCUAUUUGUCCGGAUCGUGGGUGGCACCAGUAGAGGCCGAGCUGAAGUUUUCUAUAACAAUGCCUGGGGGACAAUCUGCGAUGAUGACUGGGAUAAUAGCGAUGCCACUGUCUUCUGCCGCAUGCUCGGUUACUCCAGUGGGAAAGCACUUUCCAGCUACGGAGGUGGCACUGGGAACAUCUGGCUGGAUAAUGUGGGUUGUCUGGGGACAGAGAACAGUUUGUGGAGCUGCACGAAGAGCAACUGGGGCUCUCACAAUUGCAACCAUAAUGAAGACGCAGGUGUGGAAUGCCGCUGA